CGUCGCCAUAACUGCUGCAGGCCACCUUGGACAGCUUUACAUGUUGACCAUGCGACCGGCGUUUGUCACUUGGGACUCGAUCAAGCUUUCCCGUCUCUGUUCAUGCAUGCAAUCCUCAGAGUCGUCACUGCAGAAAAAGUUGCACAGACCCAAUCCACCAUUUAUCCAUAACAGCAGCUUCGUUUCCUUUGUCGAACUUUGUCGAAUCUGUCUGUGAUGCCACUAGAGCCUGGAGGUCCGGGUUGCAAUACUUGCACUAUGGCUCCGGCAGAUCCCCAUCGCUGGACAUAUACCGAUUAUGUCUGUUUUUUGCGCAGCCAUGGAUUUCACAACCUUGCUGGUCUAGAUGAGUUCCUUCAGUGGGGGAUGGAUGCCCUCAAGAACCCCAAUUCCCAGCAACCUCAACGGGCCUCGUCAAUCCUGCUCGAAUUCGGUACCAACUACUUUCGGACAUCUGACAUGACAGAUUCCUCCAAGAUGAAGUUCCUCCUAAGGGAGUGGACCAAGAAACCCACGGGUAGCCCCCAGCCCUCAAAUGUCCAAGGCCGGAUCAUCAUGGUCAACAACAUCAACCCAGAGACUGUAGACACUCUGGGGGGCUUGCUCAACUUGGAACCAGCUUUCUUUGCCUCGCACCUCGCCGAUUCAGGAAUGGGAAUAAAUGGAGAGAUCCAUAGUGGCCCACCUCUGGCUUCGAGCAAUCUUCGCCAACAGAAACAAUUCUUCACCAUCGAAUACCCGUGUGCCUUUGUCACUAACAAUUGCGGCAAGGAUGUGGACAUUGAGAAACUGUAUUGCAAAGGAAACUAUCGUCGAAGAGUGGAGGUUUGUUCGAGACAUGGUAAACAGAAAGUAGCCCUCGCGCGACGCAAGAUAUCCUUCUAUAUGAAGAAGACCUUUGAGCCUUGGAUCUGUGUCGUGUUGGUCGACCCUCCUAUCUCAUUCUUCACGCUUGGAUCAGAUGCAACCUUUGCAGCAUAUUCGCCUACUCAGCGACUUGAUGUCACGGGAUAUUUGGGAGGCUAUCUUGAUUUCCUUGAAGCGCGCCCGCCAGCCAGCAAAGACGAUCAUGACUAUCGAAACUGUACCACAAAUCCCAUGUGUCCGAAUCCAUUCGAUGAUCUGUGUCGACAUUGGUCAAUUAUGUCGAGACCAGACCAAGUCGACUUUGGUUCCAUCACCAUGUUGUCGCUGAUGAAACCGGCCUUUCAAAUCGCCGCGAGUGAAUGCUCCAAUUUCUUCGAAUACAUCCGAGCCACAUUAGAAAGUCAGCCGAUUUCAACGAUGCUUGCCUCGGAUUCCAUCAAGGCCAAGCGCGCCUUGGACCGAUGCAUAUCCCUCGACUCGAUGCUGAGCCGGUACAAACCGAUUCUGACCAAAAACAAGGCAUUUGUCUCCCACAAUGCCGAUUUGAGUGAUGACUACCGGUCGUUACUGAUCGACCUGCAUCAUUAUCGGGCGGAAUGCGAUUCUCAAAUGCAACACAUCCUCGCCGUAUCACAGCAUCAAGACACCGCAUCCUUAAACAUCAUCAAGACCGAGUCAAUUCGUCACGCCGACUAUUCGCGCUACCUGACCAUUAUCGCCCUAAUUUAUGCCCCCUUUGCACUAGCCUGUGCCAUCUUCAGCCUGCCCCAUGACUUUGCACCCGGGGCGCAUUAUUUCUACGGAUUUUUACCCGCCACGGCCGGAGUGGCCGUUGUCUUCCUCCUGCUCGUAUUGCCCGAAGCUAGGGACCCCUUACCCGUCAUCAAAACAGCCAUCUGUGGCAAGCUGACCCGGAAAAAGUUGCUCGCCAAACCCCCGAGUACUCGGGUGAGCAGUGAGAAGAGGGUGGUGGAAGAGGUAUGAUGAUGUCUUUUUUAUGCGAUCAAGGCAGCUUCAGGAAGAGCGGGAGAGAAAAUCUUGCACGACAUCUAGGUUCUUCCUUUUCAUGGCUAUGACUGAAUGAAUAUAUGGGGUAAUAAACACCUGGACUUAAUCGAGAAAGUCUUGAACCAGGGCGACUCAUGUAUCGACACCUGGACGAUCAUGCAUGGCCAUUAUGAUGAGUUAUUAUACACUGCUCCACAGAAUGGAGACAAAUGACAUGAUCUUGAACAAGAUCAGGAGCAAAGCCUGACACAAGUAACGGGAUCGCUAACAUGUGGAUGCAUUCAUUCCACAAGGGUAUUUGAUGCGCACAUGUUGAACCGCAAUGCCAGACACUCUGAUCACUCGCUCAUACAUCGACCUUGGUGGGGAUCUUGACUCUGCC